AUGUCGAAGGUAUGCGGUAUUUGCCACGAGGCCGAGGCCAAGUAUCGAUGUCCACACUGCCCCACCCACUACUGCUCUCUCGUCUGCUUUAAGAGCGAGCAGCACACGCAAAUCCACCAGAACUCGCAAUCGCAGCCGGACCAGCUUGUAAAAGAGGCAUCUCCAGCCCCUCGCCAGUCGCAUGAAGAGGAGCCCAGCCUCUUCGAGAAAAUCGCCAGUGAUGGUGUGAUACGAGCCAUGCUUAAGGAGGAGGCUCUUCAGUUUCAUCUACACACGCUCUUGCAAAUCCUCAACGACGCCAGCCUCACUGGCAAUAGCAAAAGCGGAGGGGCGAAUUCAGGCAAAAUGGCCAGCCAGGCUACGCUUGCUACGGAGGAUCGACUCAGCAUCAUGAACAUGAAAUUGAGUGAUUUGAGAGUGGGAGGCAUUGAGGAGAACAGUUUGGUGGAGGAAUUCGUGGACCGGGUUUUGAAGCUACGAGCGCAGAGUGCAUGCGACUAA